AUGAAUUAUUCUCCGGAUGACAUUGUUUUAUUGGAUCGAGGGAGCGAUACUUCUGUUAUUGUUCAUCUUCAUGGAGCUACAAUUAUUUCCUGGAGAUGUGCUGGUGAAGAAAUGUUAUUUUUAAGUAAAAAUGCAGUAUUUGAUAAUUUGAAAGCAAUUCAAGGAGGGAUACCUAUUGUUUUCCCUAAAUUUGGGCCUUGGAAAUAUGGACCACAUCAUGGAUUCGCAAGAGUACUUAGAUGGAAACUGGAAAUGCCUCCCAAAAAGGAUAAACAUGGAAAUGUGUUUGCAGUGUUUGUCUUGGAACACAAUGAAUUGUCCCAAGCAAUGUGGAAUAUCAUGUUCAAAUUAGUUUACACAAUCCGUCUUGAAGAAUCUGCCUUGCAUGUUGAUUUAAGCGUACACAAUACAGAUAAAAUAACAUUUGGAUUCAACUGCCUCCUACAUAAUUACCUACUGACUCCUGAAGUAACAAGAUCAGGAGUAAUUGGUAUACAAAAUCUCAAUUAUUGGGACAAGGUAAAGGGUGGUGAAGAUACAGAACGAAAUGAAGAAGUGUUUAUCAGAGAAAAUAUUGACAGAGUUUACAAUGAUGUACCAAAUGAAAUUGUAAUUGGUAAUAUGGCUGGAAGCCGGACUCUUAUGGUGAAGACAUUCAACUUUCCAGAUGUUGUUAUUUGGAAUCCUUGGAAAGAUAAAGCAAAGAGCGUCUAUAAUUUGGGUGAUAAUGAAUAUCGAAACUCUUCUCUGAUUAACAUCAGACUGUUUCUUUUUGGACAUUUGUUAAAAACUGGGAAAAAAAAAAACUGUGCUCAUGAUGCUGACAAAUAUGGUAAGUUUUAA